AUGGAGUUCGUUGACCCCGAGCCUGCCAUGGCCCUCGAGCCGGUAGCUGCUCCUGACCCAGCGUUUGGGCAUGACCCUGUUCAUGCAGGCGCACCCAUUAUUGAUCCUGUGAUUGCUGACCCACCCAUUGAUGAUCACCCUGUUGAUACUCCACUAUUGGAGGGUGACCCUGUUGUUGCUGCUGACCCUGUUGAUGCCCCUUUCGUCGCUGAUGCACCCGUUGACCCUGUUGUUGCUCCCCUACCUGAUCCUGUUCCCCUGGAGCCCGAGCAUACACUAUUCGCGACCCACAUUGAUCCCAGGUAUGCGCACACCCAGAAUGGGUGGAUUGACGCUGAUGAUGAGCUCCCACCUGUUCCCCCUCAUACCACCGAUGUACGUCACAUUGAUACCUCUUUUUCGUUCCCUCAGUUUACACCUCCAGCUUGA